AUGAACGGACCGCCUCCCCCCCAAGAGCCCCUCGUCUCCGACAUCAUCACCGCAGCGCUAACCAGCCUCCCAUCCCCCGCGCCCUCCCUCCCAAACCCCCUCUUCCCCGUCGCCGUCGGCAGCAAACCCUCCAACCCACCCCCGACCCUAGACCGCACCGGCAUCAACCGCAUCGCCCUCUACCGCGGCUGCUUCAACCCGCCACACGCAGGGCAUCUGCAGCUGCUGGAGACGGUGCUGCACCGCGGCGGCGGCAUGCCGACCAUCAACGUGCGCGCGGCCGUCGUGCUGCCGCUGCGCGAUGCCGCGGUCGCGCCCAAGGACCGCUCGCUCGUGUUCCCGCUGGCCGUGCGGGCGCGGGCGUGGCGCGACGCGAUCGCCGACUCGGGCGUGCUGGCCGGGCGCGUGUGCGUGCUGCCUUCUGGUUCUGGCUCUGAUUAUGGUUCUGGUUCUAAUUCUGGUGUUGGGGAGGACGCGGAAGGGGAUCUGGGAUUUGAGUGGGUGGCCGAGUUUACGCGGCGGGUGGAAGAGCUGGCGCGGCGGGAGGGGUGUGAGGUGAGGUUCAUGAUCGUGUGCGGGCCGGAUCAUAUUCAUCUGGGCGUGCGGCCGGUUGCGGCGUGGGGGUGCAGGGAGAUCGCGGUGGCGGAUGGCACCAGGGAUGCGCACUUUCGGGGGGAGGAUGAGGGGGGGGGAAGUCGCGUGCUGUGGAGGAUCGAAGGGUGCGGCGAGUGGCGGGAGCUCGAGGGCCCGCAUAAGGUGUGGGAGUGCUCUGUUCUUGAUGCGUCGGAGGAGGAAUGGGAUGGUACGGAGGAUGGUCGGCUGAAGUACUGGUUCAUGCCGCGGGUUAAGCAGGAGGAACAGUUCAGCUCGACGGGUAUCCGCGAGAUUGUCAAUGCCAACCGCACGAGGACUGUCAGGUUAGCGGCGCGAUUGACGGGGUACGCGCUCAGCCCAGGGCGGCUGGUGGAAUACCUCCGACAGUUGGCGAGGAGGAAGUGA